AUGGUCGCCUCAAGAAAGAAGUCGAUUGUCCAUAACUCGCCGCCACAGAUUACUGAUCAUGUGAAGACACUGAACAGAACGAGGCAUCCGCAUCACAUUGCAACCGAAAGGAAGAGGACCGCAAGUGUUGCCGAAGACGGAUUGGAAUAUAAUAAGCGAGUGCGAAAAAUCCAAAAGCAAUUUUUAGAGGAAAUUCAAGAGGAGAAAAGAGAGGAUUCACAUAGCAGCGAUGAUGUUCCGCCGACAUAUUUCGAUCCCGAUUGUGAUCCCGAGAAUCCGAAGAAAGUCACAUUUUCUGAGAUCUCGAGUGCUGCUUUCAACAUCAAAGAAGGUGUUCAGCGAUCGCCAUGCACUAAAUCGCUUCAACUAUCCAAUAUGUUCAACAUGAAUCUGUACUUUAAAAAGGAGUACCUCCAGGUGACGGGAUCGUUCAAAGAGCGCGGUGCUCGAUAUGCUCUUUCGAAAUUGACGGACCAACAGAGAAGGAAUGGCGUGAUUGCGGCAAGUGCUGGCAACCACGCGCUCGCUUUGAGCUACCACGGACAGCAAAUGGGAAUACCGGUGACGGUUGUCAUGCCGGUGAUCGCGCCGCUCAUGAAAAUCCAGUUGUGCCGAACUCUUGGAGCCACGGUGGUUCUGAAAGGAGAAAGCAUUCAAACGUGCAAAGAUUUCGCAUUGAAGCAUGCUUCGGAAAACAGCAUGAAGUAUAUUAAUGGUUAUGACGCGGUCGACAUUCUUGCCGGUCAAGGAACUAUUGGAUUGGAGAUUCUUGAGCAGGUUCCUGACGUCGACGCAAUUUUAGUUCCAGUCGGAGGUGGCGGAUUGAUUGCUGGAAUUGCUGUUGCUGUCAAAACUUUGAAGCCAUCAGUCCAUAUUUACGGUAUUGAAGCUGAAACCUGUCCAUCAUUCUCCGAAGCUUACAAGGUUGGAGUGCCAGUUAAAGCUGUUGCGAAGUCAUCAUUGGCGGACGGUUUGGCGGUGCCAAUGGUGGGAGGCAACUCUUUGGAAUCAGCCAAAGGGCUCAUCGACAAGGUUAUCACUGUGUGUGAGGAAUGUAUUGCUCUUAGUAUCUUGCGGCUUUUGGAAAUUGAGAAGGCUGUUGUUGAAGGCGGAGGCGCCGUUGGUCUCGCCGCAAUCAUCUCCGGCAAAUUUCCAGAGUUGAAGGGCAAAAAAGUAGUCUCGAUUCUCUCCGGUGGAAACAUUGACACAACCGUAUUAGGUAGAUCAAUUGAGCGCGGACUUGCCGUUGAUGGCCGCCUAGUCCGUCUGGAAGUCGUCGUCUCUGAUCGUCCUGGAGGCAUCGCCGAGUUAGCAACGACGAUUGCGCAACUAGGAGCAUCGAUAAAAGACAUUUUCCAUGAGAGAGCUUGGAUUUCAACAGACGUCUUCUCGGUGAAAGUCAAAGUUGUCGCCGAGACGCGCGGCAAGGAUCACGUCGAGGAAAUCGAGACAGCUCUGAAGAAAAUUUACAGCUAUGUGCAAAUGAGCUAA